UGAGCGUCUCUAUCACACACACACAAACACCAAAUGUAACAUUGAUGAUGAUGAUGAUGAUGAGUAACAGGUUAUGUCAAUACAUUCUCUAUGUCCGAUUCCUUGAAGUCAGCAUCAAGAGUGUGCUGUUCUGUCAGUAAGCUUAUCCUACGGUCCUUGUGGUUGUCGACUGGGUAAUGAUGACAAUGUGUAGCCAAGACAAGAGUAUUCAGUAAUUGUUAUUCUUUGGUGUAGUGGUACUGCAAAGAUUUAACCUAGAUCACACCUAGUGCUUCUGUAGUUUUAGACUUAGUCUAUAAUGCAUCCAGCAGAUGGCAGUGGCAUGGUUGAAUGAGUUUUUUUGGACUAAUCAGCCUCAGUCUUACUCUUUUUCUCAAACUGCAGCAUGGCCUCUUUGUCUCUAGUUGCGUAUGAAGACUCGGGAUCAGACGAGGAGUCUGCAUCAGACAACGAUGCCCCCACUUCCACUUUAAAAAGGGACAGCACUGUUAGGCAGCUUGAUAGACCUGACAACUCUACCGUUGGAUUCAAUGAGGACAGGCAGUGUAGGCCUACAGCAUCAGCCGAGGGGCUUUCCUGGCAGUUGAAUAGGCCUCUUUUGUUGCAACAACCACAAUUGGUGGAGAACUACAAGCCUGCAUUGCCUAUUCCUUCCAGUAUCACACCACAAUUGGUGGACAACUACAAAAUUGCAUCGCCUAUUCCUUCCAGUAUCGCACCACAAAGCCCUGCUUACCUAAAUCCAUCCAAGAGAUGUCUGACAGCACCGAUGGGAGUAAGACCUUACAUCUCCAAGAGACAGAGGCUGACAAGGACAGAGGAUGACGGUGUCGCGCUGUGUGGCACUGGCACCUCUAGUGGUCAAGCCUCUACUUCCAUACUGUCUUCAGAGGUGUGUGAGAGAGUGCUACCCUACCUGGGACAGAAGGUGUGCCGGAUGGAGCUGCCAAGACGCACCCUCUUCCAGCUCCAAGCUCACCAGGGAGCGGUCAACACAGUGCAGUGGUGUCCAGCAGCGCACACUAGCCAUCUGCUCAUGUCUGCCUCGAUGGACAGGACCAUCAAGAUCUGGGAUGGUGCAGGAAGUGGACGGUGCUUGCGGACGAUCUGCUGCCACAGUGGGGCUGUGCGGGACGCAUGCUGGACCCCCUGUGGCCGACGCCUCCUCUCCGGAUCCUUUGACAACACUGCUAUUCUGACAGACGUGGAGACAGGUUCGGAGAUUGUUAAAGUGGGGAACCAGUUCAAGGUGACCUGCCUGGCUGUACAGCCUGCUGAUCCUGAGGUGUUUCUCUGUGGAGGCUUUAGCCCCGAGGUCAAGGCAUGGGACGCCCGCUCCUCAAAGAUGGUGAAGACAUAUAAGGCUGGGAUACAGCAGACUCUGGAUAUCCUGUUCCUGUCCGGGGGAAAGGAGUUCAUCACCAGCAGUGACUCUGUCAGCCGAGACUCAGCCGACCGCACGCUCAUGGCCUGGGACUACGGAACCACCGCCAAGCUCUCCAACCAGAUCUUUCAUGAGAGAUACACUUGCCCCAGCCUCGCGCUACACCCAGAGGGAGAGUCCUUUGUAGCCCAGACCAACGGGGACUACAUCGGCAUCUUCUCAGCGGAGAGGCCGUACCGCAUGAAUAAGAAAAGGCGUUUUAAAGGACACAAGGUAGAGGGCUAUGCCGUCCAGUGUGAGUUUUCCCGGUGUGGAUCGCUGCUAGCUUCGGGGAGCUCCACGGGUCUGGUGCAUUUCUACGACCACCAGAGCUCUCAGACGCUCCACACCCUCCGCGCCCACCAGCAGGCCUGUGUGUGUGUCUCACUUCAUCCCGUGCUGCCCUCGGUAGCAGCUACAUGCGACUGGAGUGGUGAGAUCAAAAUAUGGCAGUAACUGAAAAACACUGAAAAAGACAUCUGCGACUGGAGUGGUGAGAUCAAAAUAUGGCUAUAUUAACUGAAAAACACUGAAAAAGACAUCUGCGACUGGAGUGGUGAGAUCAAAAUAUGGCUAUAUUAACUGAAAAAGACUGUUUACAUUAUAAACACACUGAUGCACAUGUUUUAUUUACUAUUAGUUUGUAUACUUGAAUUGUAUUCAUGAAAGAUCAAUCUUGUAAAUGGGAAGCCUCCAUUUUUAAAAAAUAAACUAAAAUGGCAUCCAACCAUCCAGCUGACUCCAAUACUUUGAACUUGUUCCAACAUAGUCAGGGCUCUAAAAUUUAGGGUCUAAAUGAACACCAGCAAAGUGACCAAAUGCUGGUGAAAAUGAAGUUUGGAAAACUUACUAGAAAACUUACUAGACAAUCUUUACUGAUAUAGAGUUUGUUUGGCAAGUAAGAUUU